AUGGCAGAGUUCAUCACUAAGGCUAUCGACAACUCCUCUCACGGUGUAACCGUAAAAUCCGCAAUGGAGAAACUGGGUCUGCAGAGCAAGAGAGACUUGCUUCCUGGGUUGGAAAUCCGACUUUUGCCUCAUCAGCUGAUAGGUGUUAGCUGGAUGAUUGAUCAAGAACGCAAUGGUCCUCACAAGGGUGGAAUCCUCGCAGAUGAAAUGGGUCUAGGUAAAACGGUACAGAUGAUCGGCACUAUGGCCAUGAACCUGCCGGAUGAAAGAGAGCAGCACCGUACAACAUUGAUUGUCGUCCCAGCUGCUCUACUUCUUCAAUGGAAGGAAGAAAUUGAGAACAAGACGAAUGGACUUUUCACAGUCCACAUCCAUCAUGGGCGUGACAAGCUUAGGAGCAUCCAUGCCAUUCAGGAAAAGGACGUCAUAAUCACCACAUAUCAUACCCUCAACUCGGACUUUGCAAUGCCUGACGACGUCGAGAGCGGUGGGGAAUUGCAAUGGCUGCUCGACAACGGGGGUCUUCUUGCGCGCAUGCGGUGGUACCGUGUUAUCUUGGACGAAUCCCAGUUCAUUCGCAAUCGCGCUACGCGAUCAAGCAAGGCUGUCGCGAUGUUGCGAGCUAAAUACCGCUGGUGCCUGACGGGCACACCGAUCACCAAUACACUAGCUGACAUCUACGGUUACCUACGUUUUGGACGAUUCCGUCCCUGGAAUGACUGGGAUGCCUUCAACGAGCAUAUUGCUAGAAUUCAGAUGCAAGACGCUCCGUUAGCUGGCUUACGUGCACAAGAGGUCCUGAAGCCUCUCCUUUUGAGACGUACCAAAGAUGCAGAUCUUGAGGGAGAACCACUAUUGCAGCUUCCUGAAAAACACAUCGACAUCGUUACUUUGGAAUUCUCGGAAGAUGAACGCGAGCUGUAUGACAAUUUUGAGAAGCGUGCUCGAAUUCAAAUUAAUAGGUUUCUCAAAGACAGCAAUGUGGUCAAGAAGUGCGUGUUGAUUCUCCGCAUGCGACAAUUAUGCUGUCAUCCGAAUCUGAUUCUCCGCCAAGCCGAAGGGUUUGAGGAUCCGACCUUGCUGGUAGGUAGCGACGCGGACAAAGAGGUAGCUCGCGCGAACACCAUGUUGGGACCUCAGUGGGUCAUGGAGGUUUGGGAACAGCUCAUCCGUGUUUUACGAUCGUUCAUGGCGCGUGCCAAAGCGUCUCAAUUGGAAUUUGACGACGAGAUGGAUGAGCCUGAACCUACCUGCCCUGUCUGUGGUGAUCUGUUCAUGAACGACAGCGGUCGUCUGUUAGCUUGCGGACAUGAGAUCUGCGCUGAAUGCUUACAAGUCUUGGCAACCUCACCCAUCGUUCAUAACGGAGAAUUCGGUAAUGCCGACGAGAGAACCAAUCUCCGUAUCGAGAAGGAAUUCGAAACGGCUGCGGCAAAGGGGCUUCGACCAUGCCCGACGUGCAAGAAGAUGAUGAAUCUGCGCCCCGACCAUGUGUUCCGUUCUCUGGCGUUUGAGCCGUCUCAAGACGAAGUUCGCAACGCCCUACGUCGUGCGGACAACGCCCGCCGACAGAUAGAAGAGCUAAUUGAGCUGAGCUCGAGCUCGGACGAGGAUCUGCCAGAUGUGGCGGAGUUACUAUCAGCUGUUGCGUCUUCAUCGCCGAAAGGCAAGGGCAAGGUUGUCAAAGACGAAGGCGAAGAUGACAAUAAUACGGAUGCUGAUCUGACGAUGGACGAGAUACGUGGCAAGGGAAAGGCAAGAAGGCAGGGCCGCGACUCGUCUGAACAGCCGCACGGGAUGUCAGACCACCUGAUCGCGACAUGGAAGAGAGGAGACAACAACCUGGAGCCAAGCACGAAGAUGCUUGCGCUGGUCGAGCACCUCCAAGAGUGGGAGUCGACUGGGGACAAGACCAUUGUCUUCUCUCAGUGGACGUCCAUGUUGGACUUGUUGGAGACGCUCUUCUCUCGUUACGGUAUCCGCAGCCUCCGCUAUGAUGGCAAGAUGAGCCGUGAGGCGCGCGAACUGGUUUUGUCGCAGUUCAGGAAGUCCGGGGGGCCCAAAGUCAUCCUCAUCAGCACAAAGUGUGGAGGCGUUGGUCUUAACUUAGUCUCUGCUAAUCGCUUAAUCAACAUGGACUUGGGGUGGAACUACGCGUCUGAGUCUCAGGCGUAUGACCGGGUGCAUCGUCUCGGUCAAGAGAAGGAGGUUUUCGUUAAGCGUCUUGUUGUGCGCAACACGAUCGAGGAACGGAUGCUCAAGUUGCAAGAGACCAAAGUCGGUCUAGCAGAAGCGGCUCUUGGUGAAGGAACGGGUGUCAAGCUUCAUAAACUCAGUUGCAAUGCGGUCAUGAAGACAUCCACUUACGCGGAUCGAGACACAGCUCUUCGGGAUGAAUAG